AUGCUACUAACAACUUUGUCUCUUUUCACACUCUUAUCCCUCUCCAACGCUGGGUUGCUGAGAUUUGAUCCUAGGAUCGUGAACGGAGAGAAUGCUAAAGUAGGAGAAAUCCCCUACCAGGUGUCCCUUCAAGGUAAGGACAGUUCGUUCCAUUUCUGUGGUGGAUCCAUUCUUAAUGAAAACUAUAUUAUCACCGCCGCUCAUUGUGUCUUGCACACAACAGCGGCAAAUAUCAAGGUAAUUGCUGGUACGAUAAAUUUGACUGUUCCAAAGUCUGAACACUAUGUUAAGGAAAUCAUCAUUAACGAAAAGUAUAACAAAACUGAUUCAUGGAAGAACGACAUUGCUCUGCUCAAGGUCGAGAAACCAUUUGUAAAGUCCGAACAAAUUGCUUUUGUCCCACUUCCAUCAAAGAACCAAGUUGUUAAAGCCAAUGAUACUGCAGUAGUCUCUGGAUGGGGCAGACGGAAAGGUGGUCCCGCACCCGUUCACCUACAACGUGUCAACAUCUUGAUUGCUGAUCAAGAGUACUGCAAAUACAGUUACAAAGACAUCCGAAAAGUUUAUGAUUCGCAAGUUUGUGCUUACUACCCAAGCGUAGAGAAGGGAGUAUGCGACGGCGACUCUGGUGGUCCAUUGACUGUCAAUGGAGAACUCACAGGUAUCGUAUCUUGGUCGAGGGGUUGUGCCCUUACUGAAUAUCCCAGUGUCUAUACACGUGUGUCAGCUCAAAUUGACUGGAUAAAAUCGCAUGCCGUUUAA